GAGUCUAACACGUUAUCAUGCGAUGAAAUCAACGAUCUCGACACCAAUGGCUCUGUGACAAUCUCAAGGCCACAUUUGCAAUCGGUUAACCAAUAAACGAAGUCAGGACAAAGUUGAGUCAUUGUGGUCGUCGCAGGAGCUCGUAAGCAUCAACAUUGUCUGUUAAGUCACGUGACCAAGGACAAGGAAGGGAAACCCUGACGAGCGAAGUAGGAAGUCCGGAACGUAAACAAAACCGAAAAGAAACCAAAAUCACCAACUAGUUGUCCACAAUGCCUGGUAUUAAAGACCUGGUCGGGUUGUCUUUUGGUGGCGCCAUCGGUCUGACGUUUCUGUUUCUCGGUUGUGCAGUGGAACAAUAUGGAGUUUACUGGCCAUUGUUUGCACUGAUUUUCUACAUCCUGAGUCCGCUCCCACUCAUCAUAGCCAACCGUGUCAGUGAUGACACAGACUCCUCCAGCAAUGCAUGCAGAGAACUGGCCUAUUUCUUAACAACUGGAAUCGUCGUGUCAGCUUAUGGCUUCCACAUUGUCCUCGCUCAUAGUAGCACAAUCGAGUGGGGUGCCUGUGGUCUUGCGCUGACAGGAAAUACGAUCCUCUUCAUCACAAUCUUCGGCUUUUUUAUGGUCUUUGGAAGAGGCGACGAAUUCAGUUGGGAACAGUGGUAAAGUGUUUUUGUUGGAAGUGGGCAGACACAAGGAUGAAUAGAUGGUCUGACUGACUGUCGGUCGGGUGGGUGGCUGGCUUGGCAGCAGACUAUGCAAUACAGUAAUCCCUCGCUAUAACACGGUUCAUCUUUCACGACGUCGCAGUUUCACAUUUUUUUGUGCACAUUUUUUUUUUUAACAGUGCAUUGUGAUCUGCAUCCUGAUUGGCUAUGGAAUUGUAGACUAAUGUCAACAGUCUUCCACGACUCAUCGCUGUACAGCAUGCCAAAUUUUCUCCAUGACCAAACCCACAACGUCGAUGAAACAUUCUGUACAGUUGCACCCCCGCGAUAAAUGAGGGAUUACUGUACUCAAUUUUGAUUUGAGCGAGGCAACCAAAUUUGAAAUGUGUCGGCUGUCUUGUCAUGGUCUUUAUUAUGGCCUGACACAAAGCCUUGGGCUCUAUUAUUGUGCCUUACAUGUGGGACACCAGAGCCAAACCGUCAACCCACAUAGCUUUAACCACAUAAUUGUAUCUCUAAACCUGUGUUGGCUUACAUUUUUUUAAGCUACUUGGUCUGAUCAAUGGACCGCAAUAAUCAAACCACACUGACUAGCUUGCUGUGUUGUUGCAUUGUCUUUACCAUUGCAAUGGGGUCCGGCUAAUGUAGCUGUACUGCUUGUUUUAAAAAAGUCAUCCUUGUUCAUGCGACAUCUGACAAACACAAGUUGGAUGUCCAAGAGUGAUAAUGUUUAUGUAUCUUGCCAAUGAAAAUAGCUUUUUUUCCCCUGUCAUUUUUAAAGCAUUCGAUUUUUUAUCUUCUGCAAUCAUAAAUAUUCUCACCAAAGAUCAUACGUACCUGCCUGCUGAACGUUUUGGGGAGGCACGUUUUUAUUCAUUCACUGUGUGAACAUGCAGUCUUUUAUAGUCAAGUGUUUUCCCUAUUUCUGAAGACGACAGCAAUAGAAUUUAGACAUUUUACAGGGUGACCCAAAAUGAUUGCAACCAGCACUCCAGCUGAUCAAAUUGUUCUUGAUCAUGGUAUUUAUCGAAAUUUUCAGAUUAUUCGAAAGGAAGGCAUAGCAAAUGGAACCUUCAACAGCUUUUUCUGAAAACGCCGUGGACAACUGAGCAGAGGACGUUUUGCAUGGACAUCUAUUGUCAGACCAGGUCAUUGAAAUCUACGCAGGUGAAAUUUGGAAGGAAGUUCAAGGUAAAUUUAUACUUGGAACAACUCUUGAUUUACAGAUGGGACAAUAAAUUCAGGACCAAAGGAAGGAGCAAUAAAGAUGAAGAGGUCCAAAAGACAAAUGCUAGCCAAGAUCGGAGCUUUUUUAAGUGAGGAAGGAGUGUGCGUGCGUGUGUCGGUGGCGUCAUGAUGGACAUGUGGAGCCCCUUUUAGAAAGGAGAUACAUUUUUAACCACACGGACUAAAGAGCCGUAAUUCUCAGGACUGAAUUGUUAUUGAUUCAGAUAUGGAUUGCAGUCAUUUCGGGUCACCCUGUACAUUUUGAGUGGUGGUCCGUCGUCAUAAUGAGUAAAGGGCAUCCAAAAAGAAAACCAAUGUUGGUGUUUUGAUUCUCGUUCAAAUGCAAAUUAUGAGGCAAUACGGCAUGUUUUCUCUGCUGCAUUUCCAUUGACUUCUUAUAGGCAACUUGAUUAAAUGAUUGCUCAUUUCCUGAAAUGCAGCUCUUUUCCUCACAUGUAUGUACAGUAUGUCUCAUCUCGACUCAAGGGUGUCAAUUAGGUCUUCCAACACUAACGGGUGCUUAGACUCUCAAAAAUAUUUUUAUAACCUCUUGACUGAAUUUUGUUUUCUCACACUUGUUAAAAUUGUGUUGGAAAAUAAAAAUGCCUAAGCUUUG